AUGACAGAAGCAACAUACAUUGAAGAAAUUAAUCGAGGGAAAACACCAACAGAAUUAAAUGAUGGACUUGAUCCAGAAGAAGAACAACAAUGUUAUCAAGGAAAAUCAACAACAAAAGAUGGAAUAUAUAUUGGAACAUAUAGUUUUUUUAUUUGGUUAGGAUUGAUUAUUGCAUCAAUUCUCUUUAUAAUUUGGCAAAUUGUACCAAGAAAACUAGCAUAUUCACUUGGACUAGAACCAUUUUUUACAUUAAUGCCUGAUCAAUAUUGGACAUUAGUCAUUCCAGCAGGAUUUGUUAUGGGAUUUUUUUGUAUUAUAAUAGGGUAUUAUGGAGUGAUGGAGUUUUUUGUAGUUGAUCCAAGAAGUCCAUAUGCAUAUACGGAUGAAAGAAAAACGGAAGUAACAAAAGGAGAGGGAGAAAAUAAUAAAGGAGAAGAAAAUAUCCCACCAAUAGAGGAUUGUGAAGUAAAUAAAGUAUCAGAAAUGAUAUAUUCAUAA